GAUGGCUGUCCGGAAUGUGCUACUGACUGGCUGCUCCUCUGGCAUCGGGCGAGCCCUGGCAUUGCGCCUGGCCAGAGAUGAACUGAAGCGCUUCCGAGUUAUUGCCACUAUGCGGAAUCUGGAGAAGAGAGAAGCCCUAGAGAAGGAAGCCGGGCCCGUCUUGGAGGAGACGUUGGAGAUCAAGGAGUUGGAUGUGGGCAGUGAGGACUCGAUCCGCCGCUGCGUGGAUAGCAUCCCCCAGCGCAAGGUGGACAUCCUUGUGAACAAUGCCGGCGUGGGCAUGAUCGGCCCGGUGGAGAGUCAGAGCCUGGCCUCUGCCCAGCGCCUCUUUGACACCAACUUCUUUGGCGUGGUGCGCCUGAUCCGGGAGGUCUUCCCCGACAUGAAACGGCGGCGCCAAGGACACAUCGUGGUGAUGAGCAGCGUCUUGGGGCUGCAAGGUCUCUUCUUCAACGACUUCUACUGUGCCUCCAAAUUCGCCGUGGAAGGAUUCUGCGAGAGUCUGGCCCUGCAGGCCCUGAAGUUCGGGGUCAACAUCAGUUUAAUUGAACCGGGACCGGUCACAUCAGAGUUUGAGAGGAAGCUCUACGAAGAGGUAGACAACAUGGAUCUCUCUGCGGUGGAUAAAGAGACGCAGGAUCUGUUCCAGGGCCUCUACAUGACCUACUCCAGGGACGUCUUCACGGCACUGGGACAGUCUCCGGAAGAGGUGGCGGAGCAUACCAUGAAGGUCAUCACGUCGGAGAAGCCUCCCUUCCGAUACCAGACCAACAGCCUCUACACGCCCAUCACCACCCUCAAGCACGCAGACCCCAGCGGGAUCCUGCCCCUCAACGCCUUCCACCAAAUGAUCUUCCAGCACGACCGGCUCUUCAAAGCCAGCCUCAGCCUCCUGAAGAUGCUCCAGUGGAGGAAGAGGAGGGACCUGGACCACAGCAGGGGCCCCUGAGAAGGGCAGGC